GAUAACAAUUCAAGUAAAAGUUUUUUCAGAAGCAAAAAAUUAAAUAACACUUUAAACAGAUUGCUGAAGAAAAAGUAGUAGAAACAUAAUCCAAAUAAGUUGUGUUUUUUUUUUGUUAUUGUUGUUUCUUACUAACUUAAAUAAGACUUAUAAAAACUAGCGUCAUGAACAUUUGUAUUUUAAUGAUAUUGGGAUUUGCGUUAACUUAUGGAAAUAUACACUAUAUUAGUGAAGACGAUUCGUCUAUGGUGCUACAGCAAAGUAAAUUAAGACGUCGCAUAUCAAAAAGACAUUUAAACUCUUUAAGUAAAACAAAUGAAAAUUUAACUUCAAGUGAACCUGAUAAAUCUGAAUUUAUUUUUCAAGAAGAUUCAAAUAAUGUGGCUUUUGUUUAUUGGAAAUACGCCAGUGAAGGAGUUAUUUUCUUUUUGACAUGCGAGUCAGCAAAUGUCUCUAACCACAACAAAUUUGUCAACAAAGGCUGUAAUAGCCCCAGUAACUUAUACAGAUCAUCAAAUGAUGGAAAAACAUUUACUCUUCAAAAUAAAUUUUUUGGUAACGCAUUCUUACACAGUAUUUACUUAACGCCUUUAAACAAAAAGUUAAAAAUACUCACAGACUACAGAAACAAAAGUAUUUAUUUAACUAGAGAUAAUGGUAUGUCUUACACCCGUAUCAAAACAAAUUUUGCACCAACUUUUAUUCUUUUCCAUUCAAAGUUUGAAAAUCUUUUAGCUGGUUAUGAUUACACGCCAGAAGGUGGAAAUUCUGUAUAUAUCAGCACUGACAGCGGUUCUACUUGGGUAAAGGUCGCCAGUGACGUUCGAAACUACUUUUGGAGUAAAAAUGACACGACGUUUUUUAUUGAACUUAAGGGCGUAAAGAAUGUAGAUGAAGAGACGCGAUCUUCCAGCUUAUACAUGUGUAAUAUGCCAUGCAGUUCAAUAUCUAAAGUUAUCUCAGAAAAUUUAGUGCCAUACUCUGUUUAUGUUGGAAUUAACUUAAUUAUGGUACAGUAUUUAAGUAAUCGAGAAAUUUAUGUUUCUUACAACAAUCGCGGGUUUCAAAAAUUAGUAUAUGAUAAACAGUUUAUCAAAGCCCAUUUACAUCACACUAUUUUAAAUGAAAACGAAAAUGAGUAUUUAUUAGGAAUUAUUCACCCCGAUCUCACUGUAAGUUUGUAUCUAUCUGGACCCUACGGAUACCAAAUGCAGUUUAUCCAGUCUGAUAUUGUUAUGGAAAAUGGGUUCAAAGAAGAUUUAGUUCCUAAAAUUGAUUUUUUUGAACUUGGAGGUUCUUUUGGAACUUUCAUUGUGAAUAAAAAAAACAUUGGGACAUUAAUCAGUUUUGAUAAAGGUAAUAACUGGGAAUCUAUAAAAGUAAAUACUAAUGAUUGCAAAAGUUCUUGUGAAAUUACACUAUAUAUUAAAGUGGAGCAAGCUACUAUGGAGUUUACUGCACCUUUGAUUUCAAAAGAAAGUGCUCCCGGAGUGAUUAUUGCACAAGGUUUUUUUACAAAAAUGCACACAAACGAACACGCUAUUACACCACAUAAAAUUUUUGUAUCUUUUGAUGGUGGUCAUAGUUGGAAAGAACACUUAGAUAGCAUGUACGGUUAUGCUAUUCUUGACCAUGGGGGGCUUAUAGCUGCAACGCCAUUAACAUAUACUUUAGAUAAUGGUUUGUCAUACACGAUUGAUUACGGAAACACUUGGCAAGUGGUAUCAAUUUCAAAAAGAUAUUCACGGAUUGCUGCAAUCAUAACAGAGUCCUCAGGAAAAAGUCUUCAAUUAAAUAUAUUUGGAUUUUUACAAGAUCAACCAUUUUUAUCAGGAAAGAAAGUAAAUACUUGGGUUGUAUGGCAAUUUAACUUUACAAAACUUUUUAGAGGUAUUUGUGAGCCGGAUGAUUAUAUUACAUGGAAACAUAAUGACAAAUGUGUCCUUGGUAGGAACAUAACUAGUAAAAGACGCAAUGCCAAUAAAAAUUGCCUUAAUGGGAUUUCGUUUGAAAACAACAUUACAAUAACGCCGUGUGAAUGCAGUUUAGAAGACUUCAAAUGCGACAAAUUCUUUUUCAAAAACGAAACCAAUUUCUGCUUGCCGUACAACAAUAAACAUGUGUUUGACGCAAGUGACUGUAAAGUUAGUUAUUUAAAAACAAAGGGUUAUGUUAAAAGAUUUGGAGAUCUUUGCAACGCAGGCAUUGAAAAAGACUUGAUGCCCUCUCUUGAACCCUGUCCUGUACUUCCUCCUAAAGUUUCUAAAAUAUCUGCCUCUAGUAACUCACAAACAGUUAACACUAAUAUUACUUUUAAAAUUGACCAAGUAUAUGGAUUUUUUAACACAGUAUAUAGUUGGAAUUUUGGAGAUGGAAGUAAAACUUUGCGGGGCACCUUUGAUGAAAUGAAAUUAGUCCAACACGCAUUUAAAACUGCCGGAAACUACUUUGUAAAAAUGAUUGCAUCUAAUGUAGAAGAAAAUGUUACGCAUAUAAUUGCUGUUGAAAUUGUUAAAGAUUUUUUUAUAGAUGCGGAUAUUGUUUACAACCCACCGGUUAUUGUCAACGUACCAUCUGAAUUUAAAUUAGGAGCAUACGACAAAAAUGGAACAUGGAGAACACUUGACAUGAAAAAUGCAAACUUUAUCUGGUCAUUUAAUGAUAAAUACACAAAAGGUCUAAGUUCUGUAAAAACUUAUAGCUUUUCAACGCCUGGAACUUAUAAAGUUGAGGUGCAAAUAAUAACACCCUACAGCUAUCAAUUAAAAGUAAAAAAUAUACCUGUGUUCAAAUCCAUAACAGCAAUAGAUAUCAUCAUUGAAACAGCUAAAGAUCAAUCUAUUGAUGAAGAACUCUUUACAAAAUUAAAAGAGUAUUUGGUUGCAAUGAGCGGCAUUUUUGAUGACACUCAAAUUAUUAUUAAUGCAGAUCACGUGUCUGAUAGAAAAGUCAGAGUAUAUUUUUGUGACUAUGGAGAUUCUGCAAAAUAUAAUUCUAAGAGUAUUGCACAAGAAUUGAAUGCACAGAUAAACCACUUGAAACCAUUAAUAUUUAAUGGUGCAAGGAUAAUAAAAUCUACUUUGGUUACGUACUCUCAAAUGGAAAGUGGAAAAAAACUUGAUAAGAAUCACUGGAUAUCAGUAUUUAUUCCAUUAUUAAUAAUAGUAAUUGCUAUUUUGGUUGUAAUUUUCUUUUAUCGCAAGAAAAUUCGAAGAAUCUUUUUUAAACAAUACGAUCACAUGAAAAACGUUCUUAUUUUAGAUAUGGAGGGCGAAGAAUUUGUGAGCGGUGAAAGAAUCUAUUAAAAAAAAAUUAUUUAUUGGUCAAACAUAAUAUAUUUUAAACCACUUUAAAAUGUUUAUAAACAAUAAACAAAAAAAAUUGUUUCAAA